AUGGCUGAUAAGGAAAAGAAAAGCAAUAUUAUUCCACACGAAGAUGUUCUGCAUUUUUCUGACGAUGACAGUAUGAGUAUUCAAGACGCUGAAGUUAGUGAUAGUGAACACGAUUUAUUGAUAAGAUUAUCACAACAAGCACAACAUCGUCGAGCAUCCCAAAAUCAGUACCACAAUGAUAUUAAUGUCAUAGGUGAUGACUCCAAUAAUGAUACGACUACUAGUUUAGAUCUUGAAGUUGUUUCAAGUGAACAUGAUAUCGAAGAUCACUUGGAUGACGAAAUUAUUGAAGAAGAAGACGACAACGACGACGACGACGACGACAAUAGUGAAAACAACGAAGAUGAUUAUUCACUCUAUUAUCGUCAUGGUUUUCAGGAUCGUGAUGAUGAUUUUGAGGAUUCCGAUUCUUUGAGUAUGAUGGAGACUGCUGAUUUUUUACGUCAAUUAAUGCAAGCAAGAAGAAAUAGAACCGCCGAAAUUCAUAAUCUGAGUAGUGAAACCGCUGGACAAAGCCUAAAUGAGGAUGAUGAAAUGGAUGAUGAUGAUAAUGACAAUAUCAACGGUGACGGUGGCGAUGAUAAUGACGAGAAUCGAAACGAGGAUGACGAAGAAAUCGAAGAAGGUGAAGAGGAUGAAGAUCCUCGUGCUGAAUUCUUAAGGGUCAUUGGCUUAGUUACAGGCGGCAAUAGAAACAAUAGUAAUGGUGAUACCAACUCUAGUGGUAACGAUCUUGUUGAUGUAAUGCAAAGAUUAAUGGGAGGUGGGUCUGUUUUUGAUGGAGGUUCUGCUCGUGAUAGUGGCGAGAUAGAUGCAUUGGUCAACAAUUUGAGUCAAAGACAGGACACCUACAUUGUUCUUGAAUCUUUGAAUGAAUUAUCUGAAAGAUUAUUGAUGAUGAACGGAUUAACUGCCGAAAGACUAAUUCCAGCAAAUAAAUUGGCCAGAAGCUUAGUUGAAAUAAUGGAGGAUCCUAAGUUGGACGAGGAAUUGGAACUACAUUUAGUCGCAUGUCGAUGUUUGUACAAUUUCUUGGAAGUUAACCAGGAUUUCAUUCAUGAUGCUUUGAAUAACAAUGCCAUUCCUGCCUUAUGCAAUAAACUUACUGAGAUUAAAUAUAUUGAUUUGACUGAACAAGCAUUGCAAACACUUGAGAUGAUUUCGCGAGACCCAAUUUCUCAUAACAGCAUCAUAUCAAACAAUGGUUUAAGUGCAUGCCUACAGUAUUUGGAUUUUUUGACAAUUCAUGCCCAACGUAAAUGCUUGACUAUUAUUGCAAAUUCAUGCAGUAAUAUCUCCAUCACGAAUUUCCCAAGAGUGAAAGAGGCAUUCAAUGGUAUUGCCGAAGUCGUGAGAAAUCACAACGAUAAGGUGGUGGUUGAAAAUGCAUGGUUAACCAUUUCAAGAAUUGUUAUGUGUUUCAAAAACAAACCUGAUCUAUUAAAUGAAUUGUUUGCUGACAAGGAGUUACUUUUCAAAGAGUUGACAAAAGUAAUCCUUGUGAGUUGCAACAAGUCUCUGAAUACUAGCUCAGAAUCAAGUCAAGUGACACUUAAUGACGGAUCCAACUUGAGUUUAAUUACAUCCUUGAUAAUUUUAGUCAGUGUGAGUGUCGAUGUUUCCCGGAUAUUGAUUAGUGAGUGUGAAAUCGGGUCUGUAAUCGUUAAAUCAUUAAAUAAAUAUGCGAAACAGAAUCAGGAAAUUGACCCUUUGAAGAGUCAUUCUGAUAGUAUUUCUAUCGAGGCUUUGAUGUCUGCACCAAAAGAUUUGAUAUCUCAAUUUUUAAGUUUGAUUGGGUAUUUAUUGCCGAUUACAUAUCCCCCGUCUGAUGCUUUAUAUCUAGGACCUAAUUAUGAACAAGAUAAAGAGAGACAAAAUAUAAAUCAAACUAGGAUUGAACUAUGCACUCAAUUAAUACCUACUGAUUAUUGGAAGUUUGUCAAUGAUAUUUGGUCACUACUAAUACUUAGUUUUCAAGCAACCAUGGAUUUUGAUAUUAGAAGAAAAGGGUUUGUCAACUUGUAUCGUAUAAUUUGCUCAAAUGAAAGCGAUUUCUCAGUUAUCAAAGAUGUGGAUUCUAUUGCAGGGUUAUUAGCUAAUGUUGUUACUCAAUAUCAAUCAAUUGUAAUCAAAGAUUUUGCAAGUGUGGAAAUUAAUGAAGACGAUAUGGUAAGCACCGAUGUUGAAGAAAGCAAGGAUGUCGAUCAAGGCAGAACAUCCCAAGAAGAUGAAGAAGAAGAAGACGAUUAUGGCGAGGACGAUGACGAAGACGAGGAUGUAGUACAUGAGGAUGAAGAAUUUUCAACCUUAGAUAGUCGAGGUGCAUCUAGCAUUCAGAGUAGUGCAUCAUCAUUACCGGAAGAUGUUAACAAAUUGAAUUCGUUGAUGUUAUUACUAAGCUCAUUGAAAAUCAUCAAAGUUUUACUUGAAAAAUCGCCAUUGAUAUUUAUUGGUGUAUUUGAAAAAGAGGGUUUGAUUAAUGACGUAUUAAGACUUUUGAAUACAUUGAAAGACAAAAUUGAUCUUGAUGUGAAAGAUCCGAGAGCAUCUAUCAAUCUGAUGAUGAGUGCAUAUUCAAACAAAUUUAUUGAUAGCGAGUUCACUAAGGAAUACGAGUAUAAGCUAACAAGCAUGGUUAUCUAUCGCAAUAUUGUUAAUAUUACCACUGAUAUUAAUGCCAUAUAUCAACAAAGUAAAGAUGAAGGAUUGCAAAACUUAUCCGAUAGUAUGAGGAUAUUACAAGAAGUCAAGACAAGUUUAUCUAAUCAUAGAACCAUCAAAUCUUUUAGUUAUAAUCAGUGGUUAGAAUUGUGGAAUAAUUUGAAACUUGUAUUUCGUGGGUCAUUAUCAGUUUCAAGUUUUGAAUUGAUUUCAUCUGGUGUUAUAGAAACAUUGACCAAAUUGUUUAGUUCAGAUUAUGGUUUAGAAUCAAACGAUUGUUACAAAGCAUUUACUGCAACGUUUUGGAGCGAUGAUUCUGCUACACUUUUGGUUCAGAAACUUCAAGAAGCAUUAACAAGAACAGAAUCAUUCGAUAUUGUUUCAGCUACCAGUGGCACAAGUAAUCAAUCAUCAUUUGCCCGAGAUCGAAACCAAGCAGCAAUUAUGGCAAGUCAAAUCAAAUUGAAAUUGACGGCUGAAGGUGAAAAUACUGAUCAAAGUAAAUUACCUGGGAAUAUGCAAAAUAUGAUUUUAUCAGUUCAUGCUAUUGCCACUUUUAAAUCAGUUUUCGCAUUUUUAAAGCAAAGGUUUGAGUUUUUCGAGGAAUUGGGAGGUUCGUUAAGUCGUAGUUCCAAUAAUGAAGAUUCAGAACGCAAGCAGGAUUUGAAUAUUGAAUUUUUGAUAAAUGGGGAAGUGAUCCCCAAUGAAACAACAAUCUAUGGUGCCAUUUAUCGUUCUUUACAGGAAAAACCAGAUGAAGAUGUUAACUCAAGUAGAAUUUGGUCUAAAGUCCAUGAUGUCACUUAUCGUAAAGUGAGUGCUGAAGUUAGUAAAGAGUCUCCAUUCACUAAUUUUAACUUCCAUUAUAAUGUUGACCGGGAAUUGAGUAUCUAUGACGACACGACUAUUAACAUUUUAAAGUUAUUGAAAAUAUUGUUCCGAAUGAAUAAUAAUAAUAAUAAUAAUAGUGGUAAUGGACUCCAUAAUGUGUCUACUAAGGAGUUUACCAAUUGGAAAUUGACUGUGAAGUUGAAUCGACAAUUGGAAGAGCCAUUGGUUGUUGCUAGUGGUACUUUGCCAGGUUGGAGUAUUCACCUAACUAAACAAUUUCCGUUUAUUUUCCCAUUUGAAACGAGAAUAUUCUUUUUACAAUCAACUUCGUUUGGUUAUUCUCGUUUAAUUCAUCAAUGGCAAUUACGUACAAAUCAUAACGGUGAUGAUAAUUCCAGUGGUGUUAAUGGGAAUCAAGGUAACAAUCAAAGAUUGCAAUUGGGUAGACCUACAAGACAUAAAGUGAGAAUUUCGAGAAAAAUGAUGUUGCAGAGUGCGGUGAAAGUAUUGGGGAUGUAUGGAUCGACCCCAGGAAUUUUGGAAAUUGAAUAUUUCGAUGAAGAAGGUUCGGGAUUGGGUCCAACUUUGGAAUUUUAUUCAACCGUGUCUAAAGAGUUUUCUAAGAAAAAAUUACGGUUAUGGAGAGAUGACGAACCAAGACAAACUGUUAGCAUUGAUGAUGAAUCUUAUGUUGUCAACAAAUGCGGAUUGUUUCCUAGACCAAUGGAUAAAGCUCAAUUAUCUAGUGAAAAUGGUCGCAAAGUGUUGUAUUUUUAUUCCUCAUUAGGUAAAUUCAUUGCUCGUGCCCUAUUGGAUUCCAGAAUUAUAGAUUUUAAUUUCAACCCUGUAUUUUUGCUGCUAAUUCAAUUAUUGAAUAAAACUAGUGGAAUAAGUUAUACUUCUAAGACCAGUACAUCAAAAUUAUCGAAGAAAAUGGCUACUAUUAGUAACUUACGAUUAGUUGAUCCUACGUUAGCGGAUUCUUUAGAACAUUUAAAUAAGUAUAUUCAGUUGUUUGAAUUCAAUUCUGACAUUCAUAAUGUGACAGUUGAUGGGGCAAGUGUUGAGGAUUUGGCAUUGUUUUUUGAGUUACCUGGUAAUCCAGACUAUGAAUUGAUUCCUAAUGGAAGUGAUACCCUAGUUACUGCAGAUAACUUGGAGCUUUAUAUUAACAAAGUGAUUGAGGCAACUUUAUUUAGCGGCAUCCUUACACAGACUAAAGCGUUUAUGGAUGGAUUUUCUAAAGUUUUCCCAAUAAACUCAUUAAUAAUAUUUUCGUCACGUGAGUUGGUUGGAUUAUUUGGUAACGCUGAAGAGGAUUGGACAAUGGAUACUUUAACUUCAAGUAUAGCUGCUAAUCAUGGAUAUACUAAAGAUUCUGAAGCUAUAAAAUCAUUAAUUGAUAUUUUGAUGAAUUUCAAUAUUGAAGAAAAACGAGAGUUUUUACAAUUUUUAACUGGGGCUCCGAAGUUACCUAUUGGUGGAUUUAAAGCACUUAGGCCUGAAUUGACUGUAGUUAGGAAGCAUGCUGAAGAUGGUCUCAAAGAUGACGAUUACUUGCCUAGUGUUAUGACUUGUGCUAAUUAUUUGAAAUUACCAAACUAUUCAAGUAAAGAAGUGAUGAAAGAGAAAUUGAUACAAGCAAUGAAAGAGGGUGCAGGUGCCUUUUUGUUGUCAUAA